UCGUCAGAGGCUGUGCGCAGGCUCUGUGAGCUGCUGGCUGCCUAUUGAUUGGAAAACAACGGGCUGUGGGAGGACAGAUAAGGGAGGCUGUGGGCUAACGGGUGAGGGAAGGGAUACAGACCGAAGCAGCGACCAUCUUUACCUCCCUGAUUUACUCUCUUUCCCCUGGAAUGAGUGUAGCUGCUGCUCGGGAGGUUUAGGCUCUGAUUCCCCUGCUCUGAAGAUCCAGACUGCAGCAUCCAGACCGACAGCAGCCUCUCCUGCAGAAAGCAUGGAGGCCCCUCUCGUGUGCUUGGACGAGGAGUUCGAGGACCUCCGGCCCUGUCACAUGGAUGAGCUGGACCACCCGGCGCUCCAACAGUCCUCCUACUCCUCCACCUCCACCAUACCACUGAGCUCCAUCACCAGAGAGGACUUUUCUGAGCUGGAGAACUUCUCCGAGAUGAUGAGCUUCAAGUCCAUGGAGGACCUGGUCAACGAGUUUGAUGAGAAGCUCAACGUGUGCUUUCACAACUACAACACCAAGACCGAGUGCCUGGCGCCCAUACGCAACCAGACACACAGCCAGGAGGAUGAGGAGCAGCUGCAGGACGAAGAUGUGUGGGAUGCUCUAACCGACAACUACAUCUCCACCUGGGACGGCAACGACUCCGAGGGACUCAACGGCAAUCUGUCGGACCAGGAGAUCCACGAAAAAGAGGAGGAGGAGAUGAAUGAGAAGAAUGACAACGCCAACUGUCUGAAUGAAGAGCCUCUUAUCACAGCUGAUCAGGUCAUUGAGGAGAUAGAUGAGAUGAUGGAGAACUCUCCAGAUCCUGUUGAAACUGAGGAGGAGGAGGAGGAUGAGGAGGAGGAGAGCAGCCGCUGCUCCUCCAGCACCAGCCCCUCCCUGCUGGAGGAGAUCCGGCAGCUGUCCCUGGCCUCCAACAACAACUGCUCCUACGAAGGUCUGACUCUGAUGCCCAGCUCGGGGCUGGUGGAGCUGCUGCAGCGGGUGGAGGCCACCAUCAGAGAGUUCUCCGAGGAGCUGGUCGGCCAGCUGGCCCGGCGCGAGGAGCUGGACUUUGAGAAGGAGGUGAAGAACACGUUCAUCACGGCCCUGAUGGAGGUGCAGAACAGGCAGAGGGAGCAGCGGGACAGCAGCAAGCGCAGACGCCGGGACAAGACCCUGAGCCUGCAGGGGGGGGGGACGCCCCCUGUGACCGGAGGGAACACAGCCAACACAGAGAAGAGUGGGAGCAUGCCUGUCAAGCGUUUCAGCAUGGAGGGACUGUCUAACAUCCUGCAGACCGGCAUCAGACAGACAUUUGGAAGCACAGGAAAUGAGAAACAGUAUCUAAACACAGUUAUUCCAUAUGAGAAGAAAGGCAUCCCUCCAACUGUUGAAGACCUGCAGAUGCUCACAAAAAUUCUCUAUGCCAUGAAGGACGACAGUGAGAAGGUGCCUACAUUGCUAACUGACUACAUACUGAAAGUCUUGUGUCCCACCUAAAUCUCUGGAGGCCAGGGGCCACAUUGUGACGGAGACUUCUUCCUGAGGGCUUUCCACCCCUCCCUGCCUCUGGCCCCCGCUGCAUGACCUCCCAUCUUUACCAUUAUCAAUCAUGGAUCCUCACCAUCAACAUCAUUGUAUCCACCUCGACUCUGAUUACUGCCUUUCGCUGAGCUCACCCCCCCCCCCCCCCCACCUGCACACUGCGCUCAGGCCAGACAACAUGGCCUCCAUCUGAAGUUCAACAAGUAGUUUACAACUGUAAAGGACUUCACUAACGGAGCAUGACAUGCUAUUAAUAUCACAACACCACUUCGCUACAGGGAUACAACAUUAUUUUUACUUUCUUUUUUAAUUUCUAUUCUCUACAGUCUCUUUGUUUCCUCUAACAUAAUGUUGCCAAAUGUUUAAACAUGUGUUCAAACUGAGCUCUUUCCCACUGAGUUCUGUUGCCUGUUCUCAUUGACUCAUCAGGACCACACUGUCAAAUAAAUGAAAUGCCAUACCGCAUCCACACAUGAUACACCCUAUGUGAACAUUCAUUUGAAUAUAAAAGCCAUGCACCUUUUCUGCCAACUUAGUACUGUAGCUCCAUGUGGAUGAGAGGAGACACGCGACUAUUACGGGUGCAGUGCAUAUUAAAGCUUUUUUCUUUUUAGUUCACCUAAUAUGCUCUUCUGACUCUUUUUCAAUUACUUUACAUUUUUUCAAAUUUUUUAUAUAAACUCUGUCGUUGACUUUUGACUUUUAUUUACCGUGUCAUUUCACCCUGUUCAGGAUAAGUGGAGGCGUAUUUUUUUGUUGAUAUAUCAUCCCCUGAUGUGAUGAGCUCAUUUCAAUAAGGCGUGCAUAUUUGCAUAUUAGCACAUGUAUGACUUCCUUUGUGCCAUGUAGGUGAAUGUUACAUCGCUAAUCGCUAAUUCUAAUAAACAUUCUACCCUA